GUCGCCGUCGUUGAGGGUUGAGAUCCCUCCAUCUCCAAGUUCUUCUCGCAGCUCAAAGCUGCUCUGCUGCCUCUCACGGUCUCUCCCAGGCGAACCUCGCGGCUUCACUUCCGCGCUCCAUGCUCUGGCACUCUGCUAUCCGCGGUGAGGGUUUCGUGCAGUAAGCAAGCCUCUCUCGCUCUCUCUUCCACAAGCUGCUCUGGGUUCUACUUUGAAUCCUCUGUUCUUCAAGUUUCCCUAACCUCAGCGCUUUCGCAAGCCCCAGGGAGAUCACAAAAUCGGAUUCUACACCUAAGGUAUAGGGGCUUCACUGCUUGGUUAUUCGGACAAGAAGGAAAGGGAAGGUGGAUGGGUUCAUCUAGUGCUUCGGGAGACUUGGAAGGGGAAAUGGAGGUGGACGCUUUCAGGCGCCUCUUCCCACUUCGCUUCCACGAACGCCACCUCCUCGAGUCCAUACGCCCUGAUGCAAGGCCACUUGGAAGAGCUCGGGAGUCCACUGUGGCUCUUGGGGCGGUUGCAUCUGCUGAUGGGUCAGCAUUGGCCAAGAUUGGUCACACUACAAUGUUGGCUGCUAUCAAGAUGGAAAUAAUGACUCCUUCAUCGGAAUCACCAGAUGAGGGCUCCGUAGCUAUUGAUUUCCACAUGCCUCCGAUUUGCUCUCCAUUUGUUAGGCCUGGAAGGCCAGCUGAGGUGGCACCUGUCAUUGCGAAGCAGUUGUCUGAUGCUAUAUCCAGUUCUGGAAUGAUCAAUUUAAAGGAACUGUCCCUAACCACUGGCAAGGCUGCUUGGAUGGCAUACUUGGAUUGCAUUGCCCUUACAAGGCAUAGAGUGAAGGAACUCCAGAAGAUUCUCAAUGAAGCUAUUUCUGAUAUGGAAGUCGACUAGGUUGGCAGAAGCUUUUGUCACGGCGAAUUAGGCAUUUGGAGGAUUAGUUCUUUCCUUAAUUAUCUGUUCAUUCUAUCAUCCUUUUCAAUCCUAUCAAUUUUUAUCUUUUACAAUUUUCAAUGGUACGAGGUUUUUAGAGUUAUUGGUGAGCACAGUCCUUGUCUGUGUUGUUUGCAAACAGGGGAGGGUUGGAUUCAUUCAAGGUCUUAGUAUUCAUUUUCAGUAUAAGUAUGUUAUAGAUUGGGAUCACGGGGAAAAAGAAUGAUGCUGCAUUCAAUGUUCAUAUGAAAAUCCUGGUUAAUGCUUUGAUUUGGAAUGCUGCCCUUUUCUCUUGUUUGUUA